AUGAUUUCUACCUCGAUAGAUGGAACAAAGGUUAUCCACGAUCUUGGAGAUGUGAGCAGGUACAACUUGUCCUUUAUGCCGGCCGACCGAGCUGCCAGCCAUGCCACCGGCCCCAUGGGCUCUGAUGGGCCGGAGGGCUUCCUCCAGGCAGAGUUGGCUGCGGUCCUAAAGGCGGCGACCAGAGGAGCAGCAAGCCGUGCAACGAGCUCUAUGGGAGGAAGCGCUGCCCCGCAGUCGGAUGGCAGCAUGACGGUCGCGGAAGAGCUCGCAGCGGCUGCAUUGGCAGCUGCUGCUGCUGCGCCGCCAUCCACAGCUGCCACGACAGAGGUUUCACAGGACGAAUCCUUGGCCCUCCCUCCACUGGUCAACUUCACAGAGAUGGGCGCGACUCCCACAGUGGUCUCCAUCGAGUCUGCCGGCGAGCAUGGUCUAUUGCCUGCGGUAGAGGCUCCGAAGGGCGAGGAGGACCGGACCCCCUCGGCAGCUUCUGGGCCGGGCGAUGCCCAGCAGCUUGGUGCCGAGAUUGCCGCGAAAGACUUGGUUAUGGACAUCACCGCAGACCAGGAGGCCUUGCCAGCAGAGGUCGCCGAUGCACUCAAGGCAGCGGCAGCUGGAGCGGCAAGCUCUGCAACGGGUUCCAUCGAAGGCACCGCGUUGGCACAUGGCUCGGAUGGCACAAUGACGGUCGCUGAGCAGCUUGCAGCCGCAGCUACAGCAGCCAUGCAAGUGCCGCCGUCCACAGCUGCAAUGGAGAGCGAGACCUCACAGGACCUCCCCCCGAUGGUCAGCUUCCCCGUAGUGGGGGGUACGCCAACAGUGGUCUCCGUCGAGUCUGCCGGAGAUCAUGCUGGCCUGGCACUCGGUGAUAGCAGUAACGAGAAGCGCGCUUCCCAGCACCCUGCUGGCUUCUGCUAG